CGGAAACCAGGCUUGAAAGCGACCACCCACAGAAGUAUAUGAUUUCGCUAGCUGGUGGAAGAAUAUUAUUGACUGGGAAGCCAGACAGACAAUAUCUCGUCGCACAUACCGUUGAAAUAUUAAAAAGGAAACGGUGUGCGGAUUGUGUAAAGCCACGGUGCGUCAUCGCUGAUAAAGCUAGAUAAUGCAGUCCAUUGAUGCACGUCGUUGUUGGUUGUUGGCAAGCGGCCUCUGUCUUGCCUAUAUGGUUGGCACAGUUCAAGCACAAGCAUGCAGCAAACCCAAACUCGAACCCGAACACCCCAACACGGUAUUGUCACCUGGAGACAUUGGAAAGGAAACAUUUGAAGAUGGAUCCGAGGUCACGAUUCAAUGUCACAUAGGUCAUGUACGUGAGGGAGGGUCUCCGACCAUCACAUGCACUAACGGGCAGUGGAGUACUCUGACAAUGACUUGUAAAAGAAAGAACUGUGGCAGUCCUGGAGAAAUACUGAAUGGGCAGUUUAACAUUGAUAAUGGGACCGAAUUUGGCGACAUAACUGUGGCUAAAUGCAACACAGGAUACAAACUCAUCGGCAGUGCUCGACGGCAAUGUAUGGAUGGGGGGUGGAGUGGCAGAAUACCUACAUGUGAAGUGUCAAAAUGUGGUCCAGCACCUCAAGUUGUGAAUGGUAAACCAUCGUCGAAUGAGGAGUCGUAUGACUAUGAUGCUGUUAUUCGUUACAACUGUAACCCUGGAUUCACACUUAAAGGAAGUAAAAGCAUACUUUGCAAAGGGGAUGAAGUAUUCGAACCAGCUCCGCCUCAAUGUAUAAAGGUGGAGUGUCCUGCACCUGACGUUCAAAAUGCCAUUGUGAUUGAUGGAGCUUCCGCUCCCUACGGAUACAAAUCCUUUCUUACUUAUAGGUGCAAAGCUGGAUUUGUGAUGCAUGGAGCAGACAGUAUAACAUGUGAAAUAGAAAGUGAAUGGAACCCUCCUAUUCCAGAAUGCAGAGCCCCUCCAACCACAACCAAAGCCAGUCCUACUCCUACUACAAAGAAACCCACAGAGAAAGCUCCUGGUCCCGGUCCCAAGCCCACUGAUGGUACUGAUGAUAAUCCUAAUAAUAAAUACAACACUGGAGUCAUUGUCGGGGCAGUUAUUGGCACACUUGCUGUAUUUGGAGUUGCAGUUGGCGUUGUGGUUCAUCUUCAUAAUAAAAAAAAGCGCUCUCGGGGUGGGUACUCUGGCAAGGUGGCCACCAAGUAACAACAGGAAGUUGUAGCACCCUUUGGCCAUGUACAAAGCACUGCAGCCCUCCUAUUGAUUCACUAUAGCCUCCUGUGAGCUUCAGGGAGAGAGGUGGCUCCUUCUGCAUCAGAUCUUGAAUGUGUCCCGUCCCCUGGCAGCGACCUCCUCCAUGGCUUUGAGACAACAAAUCAGAACCCACCACAGCCAGAUUGAAUAGUUUGGCUCAUGACCAUGUCAUUUGCACAAAAUCUGUAUGAUGUUAUGGUUUCAACAAAUCUACCAUCGUUCGAUACACAUCUCCAUCUCUCACCAGUCAAAAGUUAGUUGAUAGAAACAAUCAUUUCAGUAAACCAUAAAAGUGAUGUGGAUGCAAAUGAGGUAACAUUGUCACCUUUUGGCCUGUAUAAGUUCCUAUCCACCCACUAAUGACACAUCAUAGGUGAACUGAAGGAAAAACUUAUGGGGGGAAGAAUAUUGUGAUUAUUUUUAAGUUGACACAGUAGCCAUCUGUAUGUAAUGUUUCUCAUGAAGUCACAAUCAGUUUUCUCCUAGCUCCCAUAUAAAUAUAACAAUUUAUUUCACGCUUCCAGGCUACUCUUGUACCGUUGGCUGUCUGAGAUACAACUAGUAUAUGUGCCUGCUGUAAAGUAAGUGAAGGAAAAUAUAUCUCUUACUAUUUUUACACAACUAGUUGUGUAGUGUCAUCUUGUCUGCAAGAUGCAUGUAAUGUAAAGAAAAUAGUUGUCAAAAUUGUUUGUAUGUCUUGCCACAGUGUAAUUUAAAUACAUACAUUACAUAGAUUGUCCUUGCACUUUAAGGGGUAAAGCACUUAUCUGCUUGCAGUUUGUUAUUCUGGGCACCUUACAUAUUAUUUGAAUUCUGAACAUAUUGUUUGUGCAUUGAUCUAAUUUAAAACAUUUGUAUUUAAUUGAGUGCUUAUGUUCUUGUGAUGCAAAAAGCAACAAAUAAAGCUUUAACAUAAAGGCCACCCGCUAUCCACAAGCAUAACAUCCUCCUUUUCCAAUAGUCUUACAAAACGGAAGUUUUAAAGCUGAAAGUGUUGCAGUGGUUCCUUGUUGGCGCAACAGCCUGCACCUUGCAUUGUGAGACCUGAUAUGUUCUAUUAAGUGUCCUGCAAGAAUGCUGGAGUUGGGUGUUCUGGGUCCUUAAAUAUGCCUUAUCCAUCAAAGUGCAAACUGUGUAUAGUUGUACCAUUUCAUUGUGUACUUGACAUUACCACUGGGACACAAUGUAUCUGUGUUAUUAAAUUGAAAGGUCAUUCUUUCCUGCUCUGAUGAAUAGAUUUGUGAAAUGUUGUUGACUUUGUGUUAGCAAAACCAGUAUUGUGUGGAAUGUGGAGGGAGGGGGGGGAAGGGGUGUGUGUGGUGAUGAUGAAGCUGUAGUUGGAUUGCCCAUUAUGUGCUUCACUCUGUAUUUUACUCCCAAUUAAACAAAUAGCUUGAAGUAAAACUUGUUAAGGAAAAGGCAGAACCCCAAACCACUUUAAAUUUGGGAUACAUCCUGGAUAAUUCAUUUUUUUUUGUUACUUAAACAUAAUCAGUUAUUUUGGAGUAUUGCAUUGUAGUGGCCUCAAAGGCUGGUGCUUAAUCACUUGUGAGUUUGAACAGCUUUAGACUUGUGCAUUUAUUUUGUGUUUGUUCAAGUAAACCAAUUAAUAAAAUUGAAAUAAUGUAAA